UUGAACUUGAACUUUUUACAUUCUUGUCAGUUAUAGAAUACCCUUAAUGCUGUUGUAAGUUCGGGCGAAAGUCUGUCCAUUCGGUCUCUUUCGGAUCACUUCGGUUCUAAUUCUUUUAUAUCGGACAAUAUUCGGAUAUAGUGAACAAGGCGUCAUUUCAGUGAUUUUACGUUGUACAUAUGGCGUCGAUCAAAAUAUUCAUUGUUCUUCAUUUAUAUAAAAUUAUCAUAUAGAAUCAGUCAACAUUGAAUUUAUUUAAUUUAUCAAUAAUUCGAAGAAGAUUAUUUUAAUAAAUGAAUAUAACAACAUAAAUAUAUUGAUUCACGAGAAGAACGAGGAUAUUUACACAAUUUGCAAUAAAAUAAAUUUACUAUGGCAUCAUUUAUAACUAAUUACGAAGCGGUUGAUAUCAAGGAAGAAUUGCCAUCAGAUGAAGAAGACGACAAUGAAAUUGAUGAGAAAAUUUUAAAGAUAUUAACUGACAACAAUAAAGAAACAAUAAAAACAGAAGAAGUAUUUCAAAAGAUUGAACUCGAGGAACAUGAUCAUGAAAGUUUGGAAAAAUUACGUGCAGCACGUAAAUAUAUAAAAGUAAAAAAAAUCGAAGAAGUUAAGAAAAAAAUUGACGCCGGUAUUUAUAUAUUAGAACAAAAAUCAGGCGGUAGAAGUGAGGCAUGGAAAAAAUUUCAAAUAAUUGUUGAAGCAGAUACCGGUGCAAAAACAGAAUAUGUACAAUGUAAAAUUUGUGAAUUUAUUCAAAAAUACGUUGGUACAACAACGGGUACGUCACAAUUAUUACGACACUCGUGUAUAAAGAAAAAUAUUGUAACAACAAAUCCAAAUAAACAUUGUCUUUCAAUUAUAUUAAAAGCGUGUGUCGAUUUUUGUGCAAUGGAUUUACAACCAUUAACCGUACUUAAAGGUGUUGGUUUUGAGAAAUUGGCACAAAAUUUAAUUAAUAUCGGUGCAAAAUUAGGACCAACGAGAAUUGAAGAUUUAAUGCCUGAUCAAAAUACAUUAUUUAUACAAAUAUCACAGGAAGUUCAUAUAGCGAGGCAAGAAUUAUUUUCAUCAAUUUUGCCAAAUAUUCAAAAAGAAGAGGGUGCUAUUUCUUUGAACACGUGGAUUGAUAAUUGUACCGGUCAUUCAUAUACAAAUGUUGUUUUUCAUCAUAUUGACGAGAAAUGGGAAUUUAAUAGCAGUUUAAUGUUCACCGUAUUCAAUUCAGAAAAUAAAAAGAAAUAUCAUGAAAUUUUAAAUGAAAUUAUACAAAAAUUCAUUCGUCUUGGUGCUCCAUUAAAUGCAAUUAAAUUAAUUACAAUUGUAUCCGAACAAAAAAUGGAGGAACAAUCAAAUUCAAUAAUCCCUAAUCAUAUUCCAUGUGUUGAAAAUUCUCUAAAUAACAUCAUCAAUAAUGUUCUUUAUAGUGAAUUCACAAGAACAGAAACAUCAGAAAUUUAUCAAAUACUAUCAGGUUUAAGUAAUUUUGUAAAAUUUAUGAAUCAAUCAGGUUUAUCAUUACGUUUAAAGCAACAAUUGCCACUUCACAAAAAUGAAACCUGGCAAGAACAUCUUCAGUCACUUAAUAUUAUUGUUAAAAAUUAUAAUCAAAUUGUUAAAUUAGUGAAAGGAACAGAAGAUUGGUUUGUCAAAUUUAAUAAAGCAAUUGCCGAUGAUUUAGUGAAAUUUUUACAAUUAUUCAAUGAAGUUAUCAAAGAUUUGAUUGAUGAUCAUAAACCAAAUAUUCAUUUAGUUUUAUUGUGGUAUAGAAAAAUAAUGAAUUUCUGCGCUGAAAGAGCCAAUGACAAUGUGACAAUUAAAAUAAUGAAAGCACGUACAAUUGAGAUAUUAAAAUCAUUAUAUCCAAUAAAUUAUCGACACAAAGUUGCAACAUUUUUAUGGUCAUCGGUGAGAAAAAUGAAAAUGCUCUCUGAUCUUGAGCGUGUUCAAUUUAUGCAACAAUUGCAAACUGAAUUAAAUCAAAUGGAUUCUGUGAUAGAGGAAGAAGAGAAAGAUCCAUUGGCCGAUAAUGAACCACCGGAAAAAAGGAGGAAAAUACAUUUUCAUCAGUGGCUGGAAAAUCAAGAAGAUGAUGGAAAAAAUGAUGAAAUUUUCAAUUAUCUGAUGUCAAAACAAUGUAAUAAUAGUGAUCUUUUGAUGUGGUGGAAACAAAAGGCGGUGAAAUUUCCAAAAUUGGCAUGUAUGGCAAAAAAAUAUUUAUGCAUACCAGCAACAAAACGUUAUUCGGAAAAAUUUUUCGAACCAGCAAAAAAUCUAUUGAAUAAUCGAUCAGCAGAUAUGAAACCAUGCACCGUCAUUGAUUUAAAUUAUUUACACUAUUUCUAUAAUUCAAUAUAAUAGAAAUUUAUUUCACUUAAAUUUUUUCUUAUUAAGUUUUUUAUAUUUAAAUAUACUUUCAGUUGUAUUAUUUUUUGUUUGUUUGUUAAAAAACUUCAUCAAAAAAAGACAAAAUUGUUUAUAAUUAAUAUAAAUGUAAAAAAAAAUUAUUUAAUAAAGGAAAAUAUAUAUCUUUUUGUAAAAUAAAA